CUCCUGCAUCGUUCUUUAUUCUUACAUUCAUUUAUCCAAGCCCUUUCACUAUCUCGUGUCAUGAAGCUUUCUAUCGUCCUCACUAGGGCACUUGCCGCCACUACUAUGGCCGCUCCCUAUUCCAGGUGCGUGGUCAACGGAAGAGUCGUUGAUUGCAACAAAAUGGCCAAAACACGCGAUACUACAUCGCAAUGUCGAGUAACCAGCGCGACGGCAUAUUUGGAGACUAGCAGCGAAAUAGGCUUGGAACGUUAUGCCGAAAAAUACUACAAAGCGCGUCCAGAGGAAGUCGCGAAGCUGAACGGUCAAAAGAAGAUGAUGGAAAAUACAGGGGCGAAGGCAUAACAUGGGUGGUAAUUGAGAGGAGAGCGAGGAUUAAAGGACCUGUGAUUGGUGGUUGCGAUGACGACAUGGCUAAGAAUUGAAGGAUGGCUUCUUGCAACUCGACACCGCUAGCUAUGGCAUAAUGAAAACAUGAUAGAAAUCUCUGUCUGGCAUCUGCACACA